AAACUAAGAUACUCUGCCUCAAGUAUUUGGUUCAAUCACACACACACACACACAGUGAGAAAGAGAAAUGGCAGCAACAACAAUGGCUACCUCUUCAACUGUGGUUGGAUUGGGCACUUCCACUUUGUCUUCUCCAAAGAAGAUAAACCUCUCUUCUGGGUUCCUAAAGUCUCCUGUGGCAGCAAGGAAUCCACUAAAGCUAGCACAAGCCUCAGGAGGAAAAUUCACAUGCUUUGAAAGAGAUUGGCUGAGAAGAGACCUAAACGUGAUCGGUUUCGGUUUGAUCGGUUGGAUUGCACCAUCGAGCAUUCCGGCCAUCAAUGGCAACAGCUUGACGGGGCUUUUCUUCUCAAGCAUCGGCACCGAGCUCGCCCACUUCCCCACAGGCCCGGCCCUCGAUUCCCCCUUCUGGCUAUGGUUGGUACUGUGGCAUUUGGGACUCUUCUUGUCCCUCACUUUCGGUCAAAUUGGAUUCAAAGGAAGGACUGAGAAUUACUUUUGAGUUGUUUUUUAUUGACAUAUUUAUGUUGGAUUUAAGUGUAUGAUAUUAUUAUAAUCUUGUGACUGAUUUCCCUUUUCAGUAAAUUAAUAUUGUAUCUUGUAUUAUAAAUAA